AACCUUAGUUACGCCGCAGCAGUCGAGCUGAGCAUCCGCUCUCGCGAUCUGUUCGAUAUAUUUUGCGUCCUCACGCCGCUGUAGCUCUAACCGACUAUUUCGAACAAGUACGCUAAUAUUUUUCAGAUCAGACCAAAGUCACGCCAAGAAAAAUUAAUAACGUUACACGAGUUUAAAAAUAAAACGUUUAAAAAAAUCGAGUCAAUUUGCGAAUUAUGUUAAUAUUUACUAAAUUUCAAACCUAAUUUCUUAGCUUCUCACCGUUCUAUUUUUAUCAAAUUUAUACAAUUUUCUGUUCCACAUUGUGCGCAUCAUUUUCGAUUGAAUCGCCAAUCAUUAUAUAAACAAUUCAAAAAGCUUAACAGACAAGCCAGUUUUCAUUAUCCACUUCAAACAUUGCUUGCACACACACACUCACAUCCCAAAACUGACAUGCGUCUGGUAUCGAGGCCUAACAUUUACACUUCAUGCUGCACUAAUACGGACUGCGCGCUUUUUGUUUUUAUAUAUAUUCUUCUGUGUGUGAUACAAUCAGACGCCUUAUCACAUUGCACCCAUCGACAACGGCCAGCCAACGAGUGAUUGAAUGGAAGUACUUUAUAACCAACAAUUGAUUUUGAUGUUCGACGUAUAGAGAUUUAUCAAUUCACAUACAACAACGAAUGUAACCCAAUGACAAUGAAAAAUAGUGAGUGAAAUUCAUUUCCAUGCCAUUGUUGAGCAAGUCUCUGCAGCAAAGAAUCAACAACGAGAUUGAAGUUAGUCGAGUCAAGCGGUUAGUGUAAGCCGCCAUACGACGAGACCUAAGUAAACUAUUGAAAAUGCCAACGACGAUGAACGACACGAUGGCAGACGCGAAUACCGAGGAUGACAUUAUGAAGCACUUGUCGGUGCAGAUAAUAUUCUACAUGCUCUACGCAGCAAUAUUCCUGUUGGGUCUCUUGGGCAACAUGCUCGUCUGUUACAUAGUUUACACGAACCGCGCGAUGCAGACGGUGACGAAUCUGUUCAUAACGAACUUGGCCCUCUCCGACAUCCUGCUUUGCAUACUCGCGGUGCCAUUCACACCACUGUACACAUUCCUGGACCGCUGGAUAUUCGGUCAGCUGAUUUGUCACCUGGUGCCGUACGCGCAGGCGACCAGCGUGUACGUAUCUACAUUAACUCUGUCCGCAAUCGCAAUCGAUCGAUUUUUCGUCAUCUUGCAUCCCCUAAGACAGCGGAUGAAGUUGACGACUUGCUUCGGUAUUCUCUUGGGUAUCUGGUGGUUCUCGAUGUUGAUUACGCUGCCGUACGGUAUCUGCAUGAAAGUCGAGAGCCACAACGGCAAAGAAGUGUGUGAGGAAAACUGGAGCAUACAAUACUUUGAAGUGGCGUUCGGCAUUUUCACACUGCUGAUGCAAUUCGUGAUUCCGUUCUGUAUAAUCGCCUACUGCUACUGGCGCAUAUCGAAGCGAUUGAAUCAAAGGGCAAAAUCGAAGCCGGGAUCUAAAAGCGCCCGUCGUGAGGAAGCGGAUCGUGAAAUGAAACGUCGGACAAAUCGAAUGUUGAUUGCGAUGGUAACGAUCUUCGGAAUCUGCUGGUUCCCGCUGAACUUAAUCAACCUCAUCAACGACGUUGUCGAUCUGGGAUCAAUUUUCCAUUUGCUAUUCUUUCUCACACACUGCAUGGCGCUAUCAUCCACAUGCUAUAAUCCGUUUCUCUAUGCAUGGCUAAACGAAAACUUUCGCAAGGAGUUCAAACAAGUGCUGCCGUGCGCACUCGGCAACAGCUCGAAUCGUUAUUGCAAUCCGGACGAACACACGCUUGAUACGUUAUUGCAUUCGAGCGUGUUCACGUCACCCGCGAAACAGCUCGAGCCGCGCGAGCCCAUCGCCGAACGAAUACCGCAUCAUAUCCAGGAGUACGACUUGUAAAUUGCCAACAAAUUAUUCGCGGAGUCGGGCCGCGCUCAUUCUCCAAAAUCGCGUCUACUCGCAAACAACAACGAAACGAACACUUGUAACACUUCCGUCAUCCUCAUUCCCACGCCUCACGGCCUCACUCGAGUUGUGGUAAGGAUAUUCAACAUUGAAGACUUAUUAUGAUCAUUAUAAUCAGGAUUUUCUAUAUUUAUCUUCUUUAUCCAAAUGGCAAUUUGAUUUCAAAUUCAAAUUUUUAUUUUUACUUCUAUUAUAAGUUUAAAGGAGAGUCGUGUAAGAUGACGAAUAAAAUAUCUUUGCCAUAACGCGACGCAAAUUUACCAAUCCCAUAUUAUCAGAUAACCCCCUAUAGAUCCUUGAAAAAUUUAAAAUUUUAGGUUAUACUUGCUAAUUUCUGAUCUCAUCAGAUUAGGUUAUGUUUUUUUCUGUUCGGGCCGUCAUCUUACUCGACUUUCCCCCUAACUCUUUGCAGUCCCGAUUGUGUUACUGUUAUUUGUUUUAAUUAAAUGUAAUUUGAAUCAUACCCGGAGUUAAGCAGAGAUUCAACGAGGAAACAGAAAACGAAAAUGGAACGCUGAUGACUAACCUAUGCACAAUCAACGAACUACGAAUAAAUAACACAUAUUACGAACACAAACAACAACACAAACACACGUAUUGUAACUCAAGGGGACACACAUCAACAAUCGACUUCAUUGUGACAAACCGAGUAAUUCCACCAACCAGCAUAUUAGAUGUAAGAAGCUUAACCUCGGCAGACAUAGGAAGCGAUCAUGCCCUCGUGAUUGGGAAGCUGAGACUAAUAUCCCUCCAAAAGAAACAAGCAAAAA